ACUAAAUUGAAGUCACUCUUUCGUAGACCACCAACAAAGCUGUGCGCCGGAGUUCAAAACUUCACCAGUAACUAAAGCUUUCUUCUACUGUUACAAGAAUAAAUAAACAGCGAAAUGAUGGGAGCUUCCAACAUGCUCGAAUUAUGUCGGAUUCCUUCCAACAGAUUCUUAUUCGGAACCUCCAAACUCAUCAAAGGUUCUAGACAAAUACCCAAUAGAUCAUUUUAUCCAAUAAUGUGUUUAUGCAAAGAGAUACAAACAACUACUGCUGAAAAAAUCAUGGGUGCAAGUUAUAUUCCUGAUACCAAAUUCAAAAAGGAAACCAAAUUGAAGGUUAAUGAACCAGUAGUUAUUGAAGGUGUUGGUGCUUUUCAAAAGCUACCUAUGGUAAUGCCUUCUGUUGAUAUAAUUCAAUCCGCUAUCCGGAAAGCUAAGAAGGUUUCAGCUACAAAGGGCAUUGCUAAUAUUGCAAAGCGUGAGAGGAACCGGGGCGCUAAGCAACUUGAUGCGCUGAUGAAGGAGUUGGCAGUUCCCCUUAGAUUGUAUACAGAGAGCUUCCCUAACAAAAAUCAUUUGCAUCCUUAUGAGCGUUCUCUUAUCGAGUUGACUCUUGGAGAUGGGAAUUAUGAAGAGGUUUUGUCGAAGGUAAAUAACCUGCGAAAGAAGGUUACAGCUGUUGCAAAGGAACAUGCUUCUGUUUGUGCCAAGUCUUUGACAAAGAAAGAGGCAGAGGAACGGUUGAAUGAGGGUAUGAAAAGAGUAGAAGCUGCUUAUUACCGUGAAAGUAAGGCCGUUGAUGAUUUGUUGAACAUUGCCAAGACUUUACGAGCUAUGCCAGUGGUUGAUCUGGAAACUCCAACACUGUCUCUUGUUGGAGCCCCUAAUGUUGGGAAAUCAUCUUUAGUUCGUAUUCUUUCAACAGGGAAGCCUGAGAUUUGCAACUAUCCAUUUACAACCAGGGGAAUUUUGAUGGGUCAUAUUGUUGUGAACUAUCAGCGUUUUCAGGUAACAGACACACCCGGGGUACUCACGCGAUUAGAUGAGGAGAGGAACAAUUUGGAGAAGCUGACUCUUGCAGUCCUCACACAUUUGCCAACAGCAGUAAUUUAUGUUCAUGACUUAACAGGAGAAUGUGGAACUUCAGUUUCUGACCAGUUCACAACGUACACAGAAAUCCGGGGAAGGUUUAGCAAGCACCUUUGGAUCGAUGUUGUUUCCAAAUGUGAUAUUUUGCACGAGUCCCCUUCCGCCUUCAUAACUGAAGACUUGACCACUGAUGAUGCGGAUUUGGCAAGAUAUCGGAUUUUUGGGCCUGAAGGAGCCAUGCGUGUAUCCGUGAUGAAUGGACAUGGUCUGGAUGAGCUGAAGGAAAAGGUUCAUAAUAUGCUAAUCUCCCAAUCAGAGAAGAUCAGAAGGCAGAUAAUAGAUCCAAAAUGUGAUGCAACUCCUACAUGAAAAUAGUUUUGUGUAUGAUCCUGGUGAAGAUUCGAGGACACAAAGUGCGCAUAGCAGAUAUGCUGCUCGGCUCGUGCUGGAAAGAAACAUGAUAACUGGAUUAUAUACAUUUGGGUACUUUGCUACACCAAACCAGUUCUAAUGGAAGAAAGUCCGUAAGAGAAAGCUGUUAAGACACAGAAAGAAUUACUAUGUGGUUUGGAUUUUUGUAUCUCUUGUUGAGUUCUUGAUGGCCCUUGGGGGUAAAACCUAAAAAUCCCAAAGCUUGUAAUUGUUGUAUAUUGAGAAAUACAAGUAGGAUUAUUAAGAGUUAAGGGGGAAAAUGCAAUUACUUAUGUUGUAAGUUGUAACAUUAUUCAGAAUCUUUAAUGUAGUUUAGUUUUUCUUCUCAAA